CAUUUGUUCAAAGUUUUCACAUUCUUUAUAUGUAUUUGAUCUUUCCGUGUCUCUCUUGCCCCAAUUAAUCUCCAAAUCUCUGUUUUCAUUGCCCAAAACAAACCAUACUGAUCAAUCCCCAAAACUUCGCGAUCCCCAAAAAUCUUCACUCAAUUUUUUUUCUCUUCUUAUUUGUAUUCAAUUCCCUUCGAUCCCAAUUCAAAUUAUGAGCUAGGGUUUUCAUUCUUACUUACCAUUAUACUCUUUUAACAUAUUUAUGGAAAUUAGCAGAGGCCGGUUAUGGAGACUGGAAGCUUCGAAAAUGGCGGCUUUCUUCAACGUAUUCCCCGCCUUUUUGUGUCCGGGAUCACUUGGGCUCUGCUUCUCCUCUUUGCUUGCGUUGGAUGUUUUGCAGGAGCUAUUGCCGGCGCUUUAGCUGGUAAGGCUUCUGAUAGCGGUAUUGCCCGUGGAGCAGGACUUGGUGCGAUUGCUGGGGCUAUACUCUCUUUGGAGAUUUUUGAGGCUUCCCGCGCUUUCUUGUGUCUGGAUCAAUCUGGAGCACGGAGCUCAUCCGCUAUGGCUGAUUUUACAGAAGAAGUUCUUCGUGGGAGGUUUAUAGAGGAGCACUUUACACCAGCAAUGCUAACUAGUAACCAUUGGCAGCAGGUUAAUUUAGCCAAUUUUAGCAAUGAUGAGAUUCAUGAUGCUAAUGAGACAGUUGCAUCGAGAGGGCUGUCAAGGGAUUUGCUGAAGAGAUUGCCUUGUCACGAGGUUUUGGAGGAAACUAAGACAGCUCAGAGUAUCUGCUGUGCGAUAUGUUUGCAGGAUCUUGAAGUGGGAGAGAUUGUAAGGAGUUUGCCUCUUUGCCAUCACACUUUUCACUUGAGAUGUGUGGACCAAUGGCUCAUUAGACAUGGUUCAUGCCCUGUAUGCAGACAAGACGUCCAAAUAAAACAUAUAAAAUUGCACAAAUUGGGGCCUAAAGGGAACCAUUGAGACUAAAAAUUUGUCGCCACAUUCAAUAUUCAUGUACAGAGUGUCUUGUGUAAUGCGAUACCUUUGAUAUUUGAAGAUCUCUUCAUUUUGCCAGAUUAGAAGGAGCAGGUUUUUUCUUUCAGAUUUUGUAGCUUUUUAAGACUGUAAUAUAGGGUUUAUAUGAAUGUUUUUACUUAUGGUCUUUGCUACUGCACAAUAUCCUAUUUGCUGGGAUUUUUUUGUUCAAUAAAAA